UGGCUGGAGUGCGAAAACGCCGGGUGGCUUCGCGUGUCUGUGCGAGUUGUCUGUUCAAGGUGGCGAGCCAUCGCCUUGGAAACCACACGCCUCUGGGACGUUUUGCUCUAUCAGACUUUUCGCAAUCACCACAGCCAAAUCACCCCCUUGCUCCACCAUUCUCCAAAGGUCUCACAAAGCAGGGGUCAGCAUCUACAUAUGAAACGAUAACCAUGCUAAGGAUUCUUCUUGGAGCCCUUGACACUGUGGCAUAUCUUGAUUCCGCACCGUGAUCGUCUGCGUGGAAUUCGCACGCAAGUCUGUAACGCGGGAUUCGCCACAUCUAGCAAGUUUUGCAACAUGUCGAAGUUAAGGAUCUUCACAGUAGACCUUUCCAUCUGGCAAAGAUGAAUGUCGUAAGCUUGCAAAGCUCAUGGCGAACCAACCCCCUUUGGCCAGUGACUUGCCAUCUGUAUUUUCAUCAAAUCAGCGGCAGUUUCCCUACCUGUAUCUUACGAGAAUCUACGCGCAUUCAUUGUCCAACGAACAUCUCAGUGUCAAAAAUCCGCCUUAGCCGUCCGACACGACACUUGAUGGAAGGCCUUCAGCACUUAUCUCGUCUCGUGUUGGUGUUCCAAGGACGUGCCAACGGGGGCUGUAGACGAACUCUACUGUGCCAUGAUGGCUUUAUUGGCCAGAAUGGAAGGGGCGGAGUCACUGCGUCCUUCGAAUUUCGUUUUCGAGUGUCACCUUCGAGCAACUUAGGUGAGGUGUAUAUGUUUUCGAUGAUGCAUGUGUGUGUGUGUGUGGGCCGGCUCUUCUAAUCGUGUAUACCAGUAAAUUGGCCGUGUUUGAACCGAUAAUUUGCGACUGCGGGCAUUUUCAGGGAUGCAUGAAUGACUGAUCUAUCGCCUGAUGCGAUGUUUAUCUAGGAUUCAUGCCCUAGCAUACAAGGUUCAGUUAAUAUUAAAGUAAGGGAACUCGGUGGUUUGUCUCUUCUGUUUUUAAAUGCCUCCGAGGU